AUGCGACGUCUCAUCGCCGUUGUGAGGUUCGGGGUUUCGAGAUGUUGGGUCGGUCCAAGCGCGGUGCCGAUAUCUCGCCCAUAUACCCACAAAGAGCAUACUACACUGGGGUAUUGCCAGUUUCAGCAUCUUCAAUUCACACGGAGAUUCGUCGUCACAUCUCCAAGUAGUGAAACCGUAUGCGGCAAGAACGACUCUUUUGUUUUCCCACGAAUAGCGAACGAUUCAGCUUCAUCGCAUCAUUGUUCGCUUCGCCGGCAGCUUGGACCCGACCAGCUGCUUCCCCAACAACAUCUAUCGCGAACAACAUCGACGACGUCGACGAUGCGAUCUUGUCUAGCGCCUCGAUAUAUGCAACCCCAACCCCCGAGGUCCUGCGACAGGAAGCUGCUAAUCCUAUUUACAUUGGAGAAACUCGAAUAUAUCACGUGGAAGACUUUGAACUUUGACAUCACAUCUGCCAGAUGA